GCAAGCAAGGCUUCUGCUGAGAAGUCAAAUCGUCAUCAUCCUCUUCUUGGUGAGUAUACUGGAUUGACCGACCGCGCAAACCACGACGAUGUCGAAAACUUAUACGACCUAUCGUUAUCGGAUACCGAAUCGAGCAUUUAGGAAAUGGACGCGACGGGGAUACCGAUAGAUAAAAUGGGACAGGACUUUAAAGGAGGGGAAGAGGAGGAUGAUCGCGCAUUCAGUUCCGAUCCGGAUUCGAUAAUUAAGAGCUCCUUUUCGGAUCAGAAGUCUGACACGCAGGAAGGAGGACUCGCACUCGACGACGAAGAGCACCUUAUUUCGCCCUACGGAUUUCUACUACCUUACAAUGUAUCCGGAGAGGAUGAUGAUGACGAUGAUGAUGACGACCAUUUCCUAGCACCUGAAUUCAUUGAAGUUGGCUGGGGCAGCGAAGACUUACAAGACGCAGAGGAUAUCGAUUUCGAGUUCGUUUACGCCCUUCAUACUUUCGUCGCGACAGUCGAAGGUCAAGCCAAUGCCGCUAAAGGUGACACGAUGGUUCUCCUUGACGAUAGCAACAGCUACUGGUGGCUUGUAAGGGUCGUGAAAGACUCUAGUAUAGGAUACUUACCGGCAGAGCAUAUUGAAACGCCCACCGAAAGGUUAGCUCGUCUCAAUAAGCACAGGAACAUUGAUUUGUCGGCGACAAUGCUCGGUGACCAAGCAGAGAAAUCUAAGAGUGUCAUAAAGACAGCUAUUCGGAGGAAGAAAAAAACUGUCACCUUUACAGCACCAACGUACGUUGACUAUUCUGACAUAGACUACUCUACCGAGGAAGAAGAGGACGGAGAGGGUGAAAACCAAACUCAACAAAAGGGUUCCCAAGACAAAUCAUCGUCACAACAAGCCGGGGAUGACAUGUCAGAAGACGAAACUGCAAAGGUGGAGCCACUCAAACCUCGCGUUAAGCAAGUCAAGGCAGACUCGACCACAGCAGAAGGGGAUGAGAAUGCGAAAUUGGGUGCCCCAGGAGAAGCUCGAAGGGAUAGCAACGAGAUGUUCGAAGUGAAGCCUGAGCGGGUUACGAGGAAUGGUACUGUCAGGAACACAGACUCUUUCUUCAGGGAUGAGACAAUAGAGACUAAGAAGAUCACGCUUACGCCCGGCCUGCUCCGAGACGAUAAUGAAGGUCGGAUGUCGAGCGAGUCAAAAGACUCUUCCUCUUUGCGACAACGGCCAAGCCUCGAGAAGGAGCUGGUUCCUGAUAAAGUCAAGGACGAGAAGAGGAGGAAGGAUAAGGACAAGAAAGAAAAGGAGAAGAAGCCAAGCGCUAUUCGCAGUUUCUUCUCGAGGAAUAAUAGGAAGAAAUCUGUUGACGAUGAUGACGACUCGUUUGGCAAGAGGUCCUUGGAUGGUAGUACUGAAGUGAUAGAAAAAGAGUCGAUCGAGCUCCAAGCAGCAGCUAGUGGGGAGGUUUCACCUGAAAAAGCGGCGGCGUCACAGCGCAGCCCGGGCAAACUUCAAAAGCAUACCAGAGCCGAUCCUUCACCAACACGUAAAGCGCCUGGCACAGAACGUGGUCCCAUGUUAGCAUCGGAAGCUAGAAGCAACAAUGUGUCGAAUGUGCCGCCAGCAACGUUGAGAAUGGUUGAAUCUGAUCAGUCCGAUACCACACCACGGAAAGAGGAGAAGAGCAGCCCGAAGUCUUUGCUUUCAAAGGAAGCCAAACCACCUAAAGUUACGAAGGCCAAGUCACGAGUGGAGCUUGACGACUUUGACUCGCCCGAGGAAGAGGAAAAUGCACCGGAGCCGGCUAAAUCUGCUCCUGAACCCAGACUGCAGCCAUCCGAGGACAAACAGGUGCGGCCCACUUUACCGGGAGCAUAUCCAGACAGCUACGUCAGCACUCAAACUUCUCAAACCUCUGUGUCUGAAAUGAGUGAUCAAACGAUGACAACGACAACAAAUACACAUCCUGCUGCUGAGGAACGUCUGUCAGAAUCACCCGUUCAAGUCUCACCCGUCACACAGCCUAACCCACCCGCCCUCAUGGCCGAUACGUCUAGCCAGGAAGACCGGUCGUCACCGGUAUCUUCGCCAUCCCCAGAUCUUGUCGAUGUCGAUACCCGAACACAUGGAAAGCAGGAUUCCACGACGACAUCUACUUCGACCGCAACGACCUCCACAUGGAACGAUGCCAGCCUCCAUGCAUUCUUCGAUUCAGGUUCUGACAUCCGAGACUUGCUGGUCAUCGUAUAUGACAAGAAUGAUGUCACGCCCGCUAGCCCCGACCAUCCUAUCGUAGGCUCAUUAUUCAGAGAGCAGAAUGCGAGGUUGGCCGAAAUCACCACACAAUUGGAUAACAUGCUCGGGGAUUGGCUAGCCCGGAAACAACGGCUUCGCGGCACGAUAUAGAGCCGCCCAUCAUUAUCCCUUUCUUGUUAUCAUGUUCGCAUAAGACCGGCGUUUCUUGUCUUCUUUCCUCUUCUUGACUAUGUUG